AUGGCUCACAAGAAGGUGGCACUCCGGUACAUCCACAACAGAUCAACCCGGCGUGUUACCUUCAAGAAGCGUCGCAAUAGCAUGAUGAAGAAGGCAGGUGAGUUGGGCACCAUGUGCAACACCAAGGCUUGUGUGCUGGUGUAUGGUGAGGGUUCCUCGGUGCCACAUGUCUUCCCAUCCCAUGCUGAUGCGGUGGCGAUCCUGAAUCGGUACAAGGACAUGCCAGACCUUGUGCAGUUCAAGAAUACCGUGAGCCAGGAGGAAUUCCUCAUCGAGCGGAUUACUAAGCUCCAAGAAGAGGCCAACAGGUUUCGACGCGAGCGUGAGGAUCGCGAGAUCAGAAUCCUCCUACACAAGGCCAUGCUCGGUGGUAGCCUCGACGUCCAUGAGCUUACCCUUGUUGGCCCUAAGUUGGAGGUCAUCCUCAAGAACCUUGGUGAGCGCAUUGCAAUCAGUCAGAACUUGGAACCCACCGGUCUUCCAACCACAAGCUCCAUAGGUCACCAACGACAUCGAGAUGGGGCCUCCGAUGAUGUAUCAAGUGCUUCAACAGCAGUAAGUGAGUUGGCUUGA